AUGGCGGGCCACAUGGCGCUUGCUCUGCUUCUUGAGCUGUGCCUGUGCUCAUACUAUGGACAUGCCGCAGCUCUCCCCACAGCUACAGUGACUCUAGUGUCUCCUCAGGGUCCAUACUACCCUGGAGAUAGAGUUAGUCUCAGGUGUGACAUAGCAGAGCACACAGACUGGAACCGCUAUUACUGGAGAGGUCCGGAACAUAUUGAAGCACAAAGCCAAACCAUAAUCACAUAUCUACCUGAUCAACGUGGACAGUACCAGUACACUUGUGAAGGGGAGAGAAGCAGCAGACCCCAGAAAUCCCAGCACAGUGCCCCCACACCUGUCACCGUAACAGCUCUGCCCACAGCUACAGUGUCUGUAGUGUCUCCUCAGGGUCCAUACUACCCUGGAGAUCAAGUCACUCUCAGGUGUGACAUAGCAGAGCACACAGACUGGUAUUAUUAUUACUGGUAUAGAGACUCUUCUUAUAUUAGUACAGGACUAUAUCAGAGCAGCAGCAUCUCUCUACCUGAACAACCUGGACAGUACCAGUUCACAUGUGAAGGACGCAGAAGGGAUAGACCAGACAAAUCCCAACGCAGCAUACCCACAUCCAUCACAGUAACAGAAAAGGCCAAGGCUGCUGUGAGUUUAUCAUCACAGCCUUGGCUGAAUGAAGGAGACUCUGUGAAACUUAGCUGCAAGGUGGAGGAGUCAUCCGUUGGAUGGAGAUUCAAAUGGUUUAAAAUAACUUCAUACAAUCCGGAAGAGAGCUCUCAGAGCUAUACGGUUCUACCAGACAGCAGCAGAGGAUCUGGAGGCUCCUACACUCUCAGCCCUGCUGCUCUCAGACACACAGGAGUCUAUGUGUGCAGAGCAGAGAGAGGAGAGCCACCAUAUUACACAGACUACAGCCAACCUCAGCCUCUCUGGGUCACAGGAGUCUCCCCAAACGAUUCUGUAGGUAGCCAUUCAAACUGGACUCAGAUCUUCACACAUGAGCCUCUGUCACUGAGCUGUGGGGCUCAGGGCAACUCCACUGGAUGGAGCCUGAUGUGGUUCACAGGCGGAGGGGGAGGGUCAGCAGGGUGUCCCCCUGCCUGGAGAUCAGAAACUGGAUCCACCUGCAGCACCAGCUCAGCAUCUUCAUCAGACAGUGGAGUUUACUGGUGUCAGUCUGAGUCUGGAGAGCAGAGUAGCCCUAUAAAUAUUACUUUGCACCAUGGUGAUGUUAUCCUGGAAAGUCCUGUCCAUCCUGUGACUGAGGGAGAUCCUUUGACUCUGCACUGUAGAUAUCGCAAUCAGCCAUUUGACAUCAGUGCUGACUUCUAUAAAGAUGGGACACUCCUCCACACCUCCAGCACAGGAGAGAUGACCAUCCCUGCAGUCUCAAAGUCACAUGAGGGCCUCUACAAGUGCAACAACACAGAGAAAGGAGAGUCACCAGAGAGCUGGGUUAUAGUCAGAGGUGUGCCUAGGGUGACUGAAGUUGAUCACAAACACAGUGAAGAAGAGAACCAAGAGGAACAAAGCUCUUCGUCCUCCAUCUCUUUAUCAGUGGGAGGGGUGAGCGGCGUAUUAAUCCUGGCCUUUGUCCUUUUCAUGGUGCAUCGCUCAAAAUAUGGCACAGGUGGAUGUCUUAGAGAACCUGCCACAGACCACCAGCCUCAGCAGCAAAGCAUCAAUCAGAAUUCAACACAGGGCCAGAGAACCAAUCAGAAUUCAGCCCAGCUGCAGAUUUCCAACCGGGAUCCAGGGUCUGACUCAGUGUACAUGCCUCUUCAGAACAGUGCAACAGCUGUCUAUGAAACUAUCAAACCAUCCAGGGACCAAGAUGAAGUAUUGCCGGAUUCCUAUCCUGGCACGGGAGGCGACUAUUCGUUCGUCAAUGGCAAUGUUCUGGCCUGGCUGGAAGUUGGAAAUGCAGCUUUGCCGGAUAUCAGUGUACAGGGGUUUAAUCUUCUGAAGGCGGUCAAACUCAGGGGUGCCUCUUCGAGCUGCAUUCAGCUCGUCAUCAUCAGGGUCAGACAUAUGGAUAUUGGUGGAGAUUCGUCUGAAUUUACAGGCCAGACAUGGUUGACCCAGCCCACGGAAAGCUAUACAAUUCUGCCCUUCGACAGUAGUCUGUAA